UGGCAACGUUUAGAUGUGUUUUAAAUUUACCGAAAUAUUCAAUUGAUGUUGGCGUCCCUUUUAGGCUGUAUUUCGUAAUUGUAAAAGAGAUUAAAUUUUUAAAUACGUAAACAUGGCCGAACAGCCAUCAACAAAAACAACGAUCUUGGCUAUAACCAGCGAUCAUGUCGAUCGUUUAUUUAGCAAGUGGUCGUAUAUGUUUGAUGAGGAAUACUGUGUUACCCUUAAGAGCAAACUAAACGACCGCGUGAAAAAUUUCUACAGCGACCUGCUGACAGAAUCAAAUGAAAAGGAGCAGCUUAUCAAAGAUGACAUCAGUGGACUGCAAGCAGAAGCCGCGGAUUUAAGGCGCCUGCUGCACAGGAAUCUGGAGAUUGGCGAGAAACCAGAGGACAUGCCGCUGGAUGUCUGGCUGCAAAAGCUGGACAAGAGUAUUGAGCAUUUGCGGGAGGAGCUGCGCAUACGUCGCGCGGAGAUAUGUGAGCUGCUUCUACAGCAGGAUCAGCUGUGCGAAGAACUGGGUGAGUUGCCGCUGCCGUUGCUGGCCGAUCCACUGCCAAAACCGGAAGAAAUGUCAUCCUUCUGUAAACACCUCGAGCAUCUGCGAGCAGAGCGCACGCGCCGCUUGGAAGAACUGUUCCAGCUGCGCAGCCAAAUCAAGCAGGACAUGAGGCUGCUCGGUAUACGGCCGGACACAGCCGCCGAGGAGCAUUUGCUCAGCCAGGCGAACCAGAGCCUGACUCCGAAUAUCUUCGAAAAGCUGCGUUUCAUGCAGAAAGAAUUCGCUGCGCAGGUGCUAGAACUGCGCGAACGGAUCGACGAUAUGCGCGAGAAGAUCCACGUGCUUUGGGAGCGUCUGCAGGAAUCGGACGAGUUUGCCAUGCGCAGAGUACGCGAGGCCGAAGAGUACACACAAGCGACCUAUGAUGUGCUCAAAGAGGAACUGCAGCGCUGUCAGGAGCUGCGUCGUCAGAACCUGAAGACCUUCAUCGAGCAGCUGCGAGUGGAGAUUCAAAAGUGGUGGGAUUUGACAUUGAAAUCACAGCAGGAGCGCAAACGCUUUUCCAACUUUUACAAUGAGUGGUACAACGAGGAUUUACUGGAGCUGCAUGAGCUGGAACUGGAUGAUCUUAAGAGUUUUUAUAACAGCAACAAGGAGAUAUUUGAGCUGUUUGCUAGUCGCGCCGAGUUCUGGGCACGUAUGGAGGCGCUAGAGGCCAAGGCCAACGAGCCCAAUCGCUUCAACAAUCGCGGCGGACAGCUUCUGAAGGAGGAACGCGAGCGCAAGGCUAUAGGCACUAAGCUGCCAAAGAUAGAGCAGCAAAUUACCGAAUUGGUGCAAGCCUAUGAGAUGCGCCAUAAAUCUCCGUUUCUGGUCCAUGGGGAGAACAUAUUGGAGCAUAUGGCCAACGAUUGGGUGCGCCUUCGCCAGGCCAAAGAGCUGCAGAGUUCUGCUCGCAAACAGGGAGGGACAGCCUCAUCAACCCAAGGGAAGAUGUUGCCACCGGCUGCACCCGGUUCGACGGCUCCACGCACGCCCUUGGCGCUAAGAAACAUGUCGGCAUUGUCUGCAUCAACGAUGUCCUUACGCAAGACUCCUUCUAAUUUGCAGUUAUCUUCCAUGACAGGUUCGGCGGCCAAAACCACCGGCAAUUUGCACAAGCGAAAGUUACCUAAUACCGAUAGUAGCGGUAGGGAAGAGACCCCAAAUGCAAAGAGGAGCCUAAUGAAAACAUUGAACUCUUUGAAAGCAUCACCGGCGCUGCGAAAGCCGAUGCAACGCCUAGCGAUUGCCCAACAGAAGUCAAUAAAGUCGCCGCUUAAGAAGGUGCGUGUGCUGGAGAAUACCUUGCGUCGCAGCUCCGGCUUGGGCCGACGCAGUAUUGGUCAGUCCAACAAAAAGCGGCGCAGUAAGAUGGCAUCGCCAGGAGGAAACAUGCAGCCGUCCAGCGAUGAGCAGGAGCAUGAGGACAUCGGCAACUAUAAUAAGUUUGAGCCACCAGUGCGAUCAUCCGAGCUGCCGCGCACGUUGGCCUCCUGUCGUCAAAUGCCCUUGGCCAGCAAUCGACUCCGCAGUAAGGGCCAACAGUAUGCGCAGAGGCAGUUGAACGAUGACCAUAUGCAUCAGAUAGAACUACCCGAGCCACGACGCAGCAGAAUGUGGCAACAUAAGCUUAAGAAAUGAGAUUAGCCAACAAAUGUACUUAUUUUAACUUGAAACUAAUUAAUAUGCUUAUUUUUAUUUCAUGUAUUAUUGUUUAAAAGUUGCUGUGCUUUGAGAUUUAUAUUAGUUAUACAUUGUCUGUGUAUUCAAACAAACUCCUUGCAUGAGGCACACACGUAAAUUUUAGAUAAUUGUGAAAUUUGCUUAUACCAACGCUGACAGCAUUAUAAUAUCGCGAUUCAUCAAUAUCUUCAAUGAUUAUAAGAUAAAGAAAUCAAUAAUAACUCCAAUGCUAUAUGAGUAAAUAAUCUAAAAA